UCACGCCGUGUGCUCCUUGUGUCUGGCUUUUCACUUAGCACAAUGUCUCCGAGGUCCACCCGUGUCGUCCGGUACGCCAGGGCCUCCUUCCUUGUGGCCGCGGGCACCAUUCCACGGCCGGCAUUGCAGUGCCUGGGCUCCCACGUCCAGUCUAAGCCUGCCUCGGUGGGUGGACGGGGUUUCCACCUUUCUGCCGUGGCAAACGACGCUGCUGCGGACUUUGGUGCACAGGCGGCGUUUGAGUCCUUGCUUUCGAUGCGGGUGGAGCCAAGGAGCGGAAUUCCUGGGUCCUAAGGAGACUGCCGGAGGAGCUGCCAGGCUUAUUCCAGAGGGCCGCGCGUGUUGACGUUCCCACCACCACUGCACAAGCGUUCCAGUGACCCACGGCCAUCUGGCGGGCGUGCAGUCUCUCUCUGUGGAUUCAGGAACAUGGGGUCGGCCUUUGAGUGGGUGGUUCGGAGAGUGGUCCAGGAGCUGGACCACGGUGAGGACCUCAUCCCUGUGACCAGCCUGCAGAGCUCCACUGGUUUCAAGCCCUACUGCCUGGUGGUCAGGAAGUCCUCAAGCUCAUGGUUCUGGAAACCCCGCUAUAAGCACGUCAGCCUGUCAAUCAAGGACAUUCUGGAGCCCGAUGCCCCAGAACCAGAUUUGCAGCAUGGUGGCUCCUUCCACAUCCGUGACACCGUGGACGGGCAGCUACGGGCUAACGUGGAGGUGGCAGCCCCAGGACAGGGGAAGGUCGCAGGCGGGGCCUCGGUGUCUGACAGCUCCAGCACCUCGCUGAACGUGUUCUCGCUGAGCGUGGACCCGAACACCUGGCAGGCCCUGCUCCAGGAGAGGCACCUGCGGCGGCCAGAGCACGGAAUCCUGCAGCAGCUCCGGCAGCGAGGGGACAACGUGUACGUGGUGACGGAGGUGCUGCAGACGCAGAAGGAGGUGGAGGUCACCCGGACCCACCGGCGGGAGGGUUCGGGCCUCGUUUCCCUGGCCGGAGCCAUGUGCUUACAGGGUGAGGGCGAGGGCCACCUGAGCCAGAAGAAGACGGUCACCAUUCCCUCGGGCAGCGUCCUCGCAUUCCGGGUGGCCCUGCUGGUUAUUCGCUCUAACUUGGAAGUCAUUCUCUUCCCGGAUAAGAAGCAGAAGACCUUCCAGCCGCCCCCGACAGACCAUAGGCCUUUCAGCAACCAAGGCUCCCGGCGGGUGGCCCUCUCCGUGAAGGGGUACAUCGGCAGCUUAUGGACAGAUGGGGUCCCUGCGAAUGGGACGGUUACUGAAGACUUCCAGGGCCUUCGGGCAGAGGUGGAAGCUGUCUCCAAGGAACUGGCGCUCAUGGACGGGCAGCUGUGCCAGCUGCUGCUGGAGGGCCUGGAGGGGGUGCUUCGGGACCAGCUGGCCCUACAAGCCUUGGAGGAGGCGCUGGAGCAGGGCCUGAGCUCCGGGCCGGUAGAGCCCCUGGGUGGUUCGGCAGGUGCUAUCCUGGAUUGCCUGACGUUCCCCUCCGGAAUGCUGGUGCCGGAACUCGCCGUCCCUGUUGUCUACCUGCUGGGGGCACUGAACGCGCUGAGUGAAGCCCAGCACCGGCUGCUGGUGGAGGCUGUGACGUUGAAGACCCUGCCAAGGCAGCUCGAGCUGGUGGGCAGCCUCUUGGAGAAGAGUGCCCCGUGGCAGAAGUGCAGCACCGUGUCCCUGCCCCCCGAGCUCCGGAAGAGCGGCUGGGGUGGGGAGACACCAGCCUGGGUCUUGCUGGAGGAGUGUGGCCUGGAGCUGAGGGAAGACCCCCCGCACGUGCGCUGGGAGCCACAGGCCCAGGGCCGCGCGUGUGCGCUCUACGCCUCCCUCACGCUGCUGUCAGGACUGAGCCGGGAGCCCCACUAGCCUGUGCUCGGGCAUGCCCUGGCAGCUCUCCAGCAGGGCAGAGUGUUUGCCCACCAGCCACCAGCCCUGGGAAGGCCAGGAGCCCAGCAGCCACGUGGUCAGUGUCCUGUGGGGCUCAGGAGUCCGGGAAGCUCAGUAAAGUUGGCGUGCGAAGGCAA